CGGGCCGUGGUGGCCGCAGGGACCGGGCUGGCUGCCCGAGGCCGCCGCGUUGGGGCAUUCCAGGGGCGUGAGGCCAAGGGGGUGGGCACAGCCCUCGCCCGAGGUGGGACCCCGCGCUUACGGUGGGGGUCAUGUCCCCUGUGUCCCCAAAGACGCCUGAGACGGGAGUGGGGUCGCCACGGGAGGCACGGCGAAGGACUUGGCAGAGCCUGACUGUUUGGAUCCAGGGCUGCUCCGCGGAACAAAGCCUGGCGCUCCCGCCGCUGCUCCCGCGGGUUGUUUUCCUCCUGAGCCGGUAUAAAACUCCUGGCAGCGCUCGGCGGCGCCGGGCACAGCGCGGCUCCCGCGGCCCCGCUCCGCACACGCUCCGGACCGGCCGCGCCCCCGCCGUGCCGGGGCUCCCCCGUCCUUCCCGCCGGGCAGGACCCCGUCCUGGGAGCGGCAGGGGCUGCUGGAGCCUUGGGCUGGCCGGGUGAUGGGGUUAUGCUACCCCGGCAGCGUCCCCUGAGCCCCCGCGAGAAGGAAAAAGGCUAAGCCGGCCGUGCCGGGGGCCGGCACCAUGACCCACUCCCAGGUGUCUUCCGAGCUCCACCACAUUGUCUCCUCAGCCUUCCAGAGCCCCGAGCAGGAGGCGCUGGGCGCCGGCUCACCUGCCUUCGGGGAGGAGGAGGAGGAGAAGGACCUGAACAAGGCCCUGGGUGUGGAGCGCUUCGAGGAGAUCCUGAACGACACUCACCCCCGCAACGCUGAGGAGGCCGGGCGCAGCUACGGCGAGGAGGACUUCGAGUACCACCGCCAUUCGUCCCACCACAUCCACCACCCGCUCUCCACGCACCUGCCCCCUGACGCCCGCCGCAAGAAGGGGAUCCCCAAAAAGGGCAAAAAGAAGGCCCGGCGUGCCUCUGUCCCUGGAGAGACCCCCACCAUCGAGGAGGCUGAAGAGGAUGAGGAUGAAGCGUGCGAGACGGAGACGGAGCGGUCGGCGGAGGAGCUGCGGCAGCCCGGGCCAGCCGAGGCAGUGCAGGUGAGGGCACGGCUGGCGUGGGGGCGGCUCAGCGUGUCUGGGCACAGCUGGGGCACCAGAGGAGCUGGGGCCGGUGCUGCCCAUGGCCAGGGAGAUGUGGCUCACCCGCUGCCCCCUCAGUUCUUCCUGCAGGAGGAUGAGGUGCCCGACCGCCGGGCAGAGGAGCCAGCAGCCCCCGUGGCACUGCCCGGCUCCCCCCCCGAGCCCCGAGGGGGCACGACCCCGAAGGAAGCCCAGGCCAGCAGCCCUGAUGCAGAGCAGGGGGCUCUGGGGGAAGGGGCAGCCGCUGAGGCUGGGUCCCCGGGUCGCCCUGCACCAAAGUCACAGCCGGGGCACCGGAGCUACAACCUGCACGAGCGGCGCUGCAUCGGCAGCAUGACGGCCGCCGAGCAGGACCGCUACCAGAAGAUGCCGACAGACGAGUCAGAGGCACAGACACUGGCCUCGGCUGACCUGGACUACAUGAAGAGUCACCGCUUCGAGGAUGUGCCGGGUGUGCGGCGGCACCUGGUGCGGAAGAGUGCCAAGGCACAGAUGGUGCACGUCAGCAAGGGCCACAAGGAGCCCAGCACGCGGCAGCGCAAGCAGGACCGGCAGCCCCACGAGGUGUUUGUGGAGCUGAACGAGCUGGUGGUGGACAAGAACCAGGAGCUGCAGUGGAAGGAGACGGCGCGCUGGAUCAAGUUUGAGGAGGACGUGGAGGAGGAGACAGACCGCUGGGGCAAACCCCAUGUGGCCUCCCUCUCCUUCCGCAGCCUCCUGGAGCUCCGCAAGACCCUGGCCCACGGGGCCGUGCUCCUGGAUCUGGACCAAAAGACGCUGCCGGGGGUGGCUCACCAGGUGGUGGAGCAGAUGGUGAUCACGGACCAGAUCCGGGCUGAGGACCGUGCCAACGUGCUGCGGGCGCUGCUGCUCAAGCACAGCCACCCGAGCGACGAGAAGGAGUUCUCCUUCCCGAGGAACAUCUCGGCGGGCAGCCUGGGCUCCCUGCUCGUGCACCACCACAGCACCAACCACGUGGCUGAGGGCAGCGAGCCAGCCGUCACCGAGCCCCUCAUAGCUGGCCACGCCGGCGAGCACGACACGCGUGUCGACAUGGAGAAGGAGAGGGAGGUCCUCACUCCCACGCCCCCAGCUGGCAUCACUCGCUCCAAGUCAAAGCACGAGCUGAAGCUGCUGGAGAAGAUCCCCGACAACGCCGAGGCCACGGUGGUGCUCGUGGGCUGUGUGGAGUUCCUGGACCAGCCCACCAUGGCCUUUGUGCGGCUGCAGGAGGCUGUGGAGCUGGACGCGGUGCUGGAGGUGCCCGUGCCUGUGCGGUUCCUGUUCGUGCUGCUGGGCCCCAGCAGCACCCACAUGGACUACCACGAGAUUGGGCGCUCCAUCUCCACCCUCAUGUCCGACAAGCAAUUCCACGAGGCCGCGUACCUGGCUGACGACCGUCACGACCUUCUGAAUGCCAUCAACGAGUUCCUGGACUGCAGCGUGGUGCUGCCGCCGUCCGAGGUGCAGGGUGAGGAGCUGCUGCGCAGCGUCGCCCACUUCCAGCGCGAGAUGCUGAAGAAGAGGAUGGAGCAGGAGAGGAGGCUGCUGCUGGAGCCCAAGUCCCCUGAGGAGAAAGCGCUGCUGAAGCUGAAGGUGGUGGAGGACGAGGCUGAAGAGGAUGACGACCCCCUGAGGCGCACGGGCCGCCCCUUCGGGGGGCUGAUCCGGGACGUGCGGCGGAGGUACCCCCAGUACCUGAGCGACUUCCGAGAUGCGCUGGACCCCCAGUGCAUCGCCGCCGUCAUCUUCAUCUACUUUGCUGCGCUGUCCCCUGCCAUCACCUUCGGGGGGCUGCUGGGGGAGAAGACGCAGGACCUGAUCGGGGUGUCGGAGCUGAUCAUCUCCACGUCGCUGCAGGGCGUCCUCUUCUGCCUGCUGGGUGCUCAGCCCCUGCUGGUCAUCGGCUUCUCGGGGCCACUGCUCGUCUUUGAGGAAGCCUUCUUCACGUUCUGCACGUCCAAUGAGCUGGAGUACCUGGUGGGGCGUGUCUGGAUCGGCUUUUGGCUCAUCCUCAUCGUGCUGGUCAUGGUGGCCUUUGAGGGCAGCUUCCUGGUGCGAUUUGUCUCCCGCUUCACCCAGGAGAUCUUUGCCUUUCUCAUCUCCCUCAUCUUCAUCUAUGAGACCUUUUCCAAGCUGGCCAAGAUCUUCCAGGAGCACCCGCUGCAUGGCUGCCUGAGCGCCAACAGCUCGGCCGAGGCCUCGGCCAACGGCAGCGUGGCCAACACCACAGCCCCGGCCACCAGCCCGGCUGCCCGCGGUGCCACCAAGGUCACGGGGCAGCCCAACACGGCGCUGCUGUCACUUGUGCUCAUGGCCGGCACCUUCUUCAUCGCCUUCUUCCUGCGCAAGUUCAAGAACAGCCGCUUCUUCCCCGGACGGAUCCGGAGGCUCAUCGGGGACUUUGGGGUGCCCAUUGCCAUCCUGGUGAUGGUGCUGGUGGACUACAGCAUCCAGGACACCUACACACAGAAGCUGAGUGUGCCCAGUGGGUUCUCAGUGACAGCCCCAGACAAGCGGGGUUGGGUGAUCAACCCCCUGGGCAUGCAGAGUGCCUUCCCUGUGUGGAUGAUGGUGGCCAGCGGCCUCCCCGCCAUCCUCGUCUUUAUCCUCAUCUUCAUGGAGACCCAGAUCACCACGCUGAUCAUCAGCAAGAAGGAGCGGAUGCUGCAGAAGGGCUCCGGGUUCCACCUCGACCUCCUGCUCAUCGUGGCCAUGGGAGGCUUCUUUGCGCUCUUUGGGCUGCCCUGGCUGGCCGCAGCCACCGUGCGCUCCGUGACCCACGCCAACGCCCUCACUGUCAUGAGCAAGGCCGUGGCACCUGGGGACAAGCCCAAGAUCCAGGAAGUGAAGGAGCAGCGGGUCACCGGGCUGCUGGUGGCCGUGCUUGUCGGGCUGUCCAUUGUCAUCGGGGACCUGCUGCGGCAGAUCCCACUGGCCGUGCUCUUCGGCAUCUUCCUCUACAUGGGUGUCACCUCCCUCAAUGGCAUCCAGUUCUACGAGCGCCUGCAGCUGCUGCUGAUGCCCCCCAAGCACCACCCUGAUGUCACCUAUGUCAAAAAGGUGCGCACGCUGCGCAUGCACCUGUUCACCGCGCUGCAGCUGGCCUGCCUGGCCGUGCUCUGGGCCGUCAUGUCCACUGUGGCCUCCCUCGCCUUCCCCUUCAUCCUCAUCCUCACGGUGCCACUCCGCAUGUGCCUGCUCAGCCGCAUCUUCACCGACCGGGAAAUGAAGUGUCUGGACGCAGCCGAGGCCGAGCCCAUCCUGGACGAGCGGGAAGGUGUGGACGAGUACAACGAGAUGCCGAUGCCGGUGUGAUGGCGCCAGCGGCUCAGGGCUCUCGGUGGGCGCCGGGCCGGGCCGGGGCUCCGCGGGGACGGGCCCUGCGCCCCCCGGCCCGCGGAGGGCACCUGCCAAAGAUUCGGCGGCCGCGGCCCUGCCCCGCGGCGCGGCCCCGGACGCUCGGACGGAGCCCCCGGCCCCUCAGCCGCGCUGCGGCUCCCCCGCGGCUCCCGCCCACACUCGGGCGUCAGCCGAGCCCCCGGGGGUCACGGAGCAGGCAUUCAAAGGCAAUAAACAGCUUUAUUCCGAGCGCAGGGCUCAGGGCAGAGGUGCUGGGGCAGCCCUGCCAAGGGAGGCCUGCUCCGGGCAGCCCCUGGGGGGCUACCGGGGUGGGGGCUGGGGCCCCACCACCCCCGCUGCCUUCGACUAAUAAAGAGACCGGACUUUGCACACUU